AUUUAGAAUUUUUUUGUAGUUUUUUUAUAUUUUAUAUCCAAAUUUAGAAUGCUAGCACCAAAUAUUCCAACAACGGGGGCGGAGCUGCUUGACACUUUGAACCUGUCCGGAGAGGAAGAUCUCGACCAGCAGAUCAGGAACUGGAUUCUGUGGGACAGGAAUGCGGCCACAAUACAGCAGGUGGUCGAGGCCAUCAAGGACAAGGACUGGGAGGCGCUGCGGGUGCGACUCUGCCAUCGCUGUGGCUUCGGCUCGGGCGGCAUGAGAUCCGGAAUGCGUGCCGGCUUCGAUUCAAUCAACGAUCUGGUCACAAUUCAAAUGGCCCAGGGCCUUAGCAACUAUUUGCUGGACUUGUAUCCCAGUGUCAAGAAGCGCACGACUCAGGGCGUGAUCAUUGGGCACGAUGCACGCUACAAUGGCAAACGCUUCACGCAGCUGAUAUCAGCCGUGUUCUUGAACAGUAACUUUCGAGUGUACCUAUUCAAUCGAACGGUGCCCACGCCGUUUAUAGCGUUCGGCGUGGUCCAUCUGAAGUGCCUGGCCGGAGUGGCGGUGACAGCAUCGCAUAAUCCGAAGACAGACAACGGCUUUAAGAUCUAUCUCGAUAACGGAGCGGCCAUAUUAACUCCAAAUGAUUCGCACUUACAGGCAUCGAUUCUGCGACACUUGGAGCCGCUGCCAUCAUCUUGGGACCUCUCCGUACUUGAUGACAACCCACUCUUAAGCGAGCCAUUCCGCGAGGUCUAUGCGGCUUACUUUGAGCAGAUGAAGACCCUGCUACCCUUAACAUUCAUUGAGACUAACGAAUGCAGUCAGCUACGCUUCGUCUACACACCCCUCCACGGCGUUGGCUUCCACUACAUCCGUGAGGCGUUCUAUCAGGCACGACUUAAGCCCGUCAUUGUAGUGCUACAGCAGAAGGAUCCAGAUCCCGAGUUUCCCACUGUUCAUUUUCCAAGUCCGCUAGAUGGCCUGGGCUGCCUGAAUUUGGCAAUGAAAAAGGCGGAGGAAGAACAUUGCACCAUCAUUCUGGCCAACGAUCCUGAUGCGGAUCGCUUGGCUGUGGCUGAACUCGAUCCCAAAGGCAGAUGGAAGAAAUUCACUGGCGACGAGCUGGUCGCUCUACUUGGCUGGUGGGCAUUGGAGAAUUAUAGGACAAGAACCUCGAAGCCCAAUUUGUCGAACUGUGUCAUGAUAUCCAGCGUGGGUAGCUCAAAGAUCCUGAGCGCCAUGGCCAGAGCGGAGGGCUUCACAUUUGUCGAGACUCUGGUGGGCUUCAAGUGGUUGGCCAAUAAGGCCUUGGAGCUGUCGGCCAUUGGGAAAACGAUUCUCAUCGCCUGCGAAGAGCCGAUCGGCUUCAUGCUAGACGUGCAAGUGCCAGAUAAAGAUGGCAUCAGUGCCGCCUGCCAGGUGGCCACAAUGGCCUGCUAUCUGCGGAGCACUCGCAACUUGACACUCAUCGAAAAGUUGCGCGAAAUUUAUGAUACAUAUGGCUUUCAUUGCAGCAUUGUCAACUCAAUACCGUUUAACAAUACGGACGAGAUUGCCGCCGUCUGUGAUCACAUGCGUAGCUUUCAGGAUAAUGUUUAUGGCACCUAUCCCAAGUGCAUUCUGAACGGCGAGUUCGAGGUGCGAUAUGUGCGGGAUCUGACUCUGGGUGUGGACACGGCAUAUGCCGACAACAAGCCCCGUCUGAGAGUCAGCCCCAGUCGACAACUGAUCACGUUUACCUUCAACAACGGAAUGAUCUUCACAUUCCGCUCCAGCAGCACGGAGCCUAGGCUGCGCUACUACGCCGAAAUGUUUGGACUGCCCGAGGAGAAGGACUGGGAUUUGGUGCAAGAAACACUGCAUCGUAUGGCCGAUGCCGUCAUCACUGAGUUUGUGAAAAGCCCGUAGUCCGAUCAAAAUUAUAUAUAUAUAUAUCCUGCUUAAAAAUCGGUCGCAUUGGAUUGCAUUUCAUUUGGUGACUUGGUAAUGCGUUUGAAGUAUGUUCCUCAAAUCAUUCACUAUAUAUGCAUGGCCUAUUCCUGACACAACUUAACUAUGAUAAAAAUUAGUAUUACACUAUAAUGAAGUAAUUAUUAAUGGUGUAUAUAAUGUAUCUUAAUUAAUCUAACCAGAACUAAAGAACUCUCUCU